CCCGGAAGGUUCUGGAGGCGGCGGGCUCUGGAAGGUUCCGCCGCCGCGGCCCUAUAAAGGCGGAGCCGCGGAGCUCGGCCGAACCGCCGCCAUGGGGAAGGAUUAUUACCGGACGCUGGGCCUGGCCCGGGGAGCUUCUGACGAAGAGAUAAAACGGGCUUACCGACGGCAAGCGCUUCGUUUUCAUCCCGAUAAAAACAAAGAGCCCGGAGCUGAGGAGCGCUUCAAGGAAGUGGCCGAGGCCUACGAUGUGCUGAGCGACCCCAAAAAGAGGGAAAUCUUCGAUAAGUACGGCGAGGAGGGGCUGAAGGGUGGAGCGCCGACAUCGGGGCCUGGAGGGUCCAAUGGCCCCACCUUCACCUACACAUUCCGUGGGGACCCCCACGCCAUGUUUGCUGAGUUCUUUGAUGGCCGAAACCCCUUUGAUACUUUCUUUGUGCAACGCAACGGUGAUGAGGAGAUGGACAUCGAUGAUGCUUUCACCACCUUUCACAUGGGGGGGUUUGGGAACAUCAGUUUCCCCCGUGGCCGGGGGGGGCAGGAUGGUGUGUGCCGUAAGCAGGACCCCCCCGUGCUGUACGACCUGAGGGUUUCUUUGGAGGAAAUCUACACGGGCUGCACCAAAAAGAUGAAGAUCUCUCACAAACGUCUGAAUCCCGACGGGAAGACGGUGCGCAACGAGGACAAAAUCCUGAGCAUCGAGGUGAAGCGGGGCUGGAAGGAGGGUACCAAAAUCACUUUUCCCAAAGAGGGGGAUCAGACCCCCAACAACAUCCCCGCCGACAUCAUCUUUGUUGUCAAGGAUAAACCCCACAGCAUUUUUCGCCGUGAGGGCUCUGAUAUCAUCUACCCGGCCAAAAUCAGCCUUCGGGAGGCGCUGUGUGGCUGCACAGUGAACACCCCGACGCUGGACGGCCGCACCAUCCCCAUGGUUUUUAAGGACGUGCUGAAACCCGGCGUCAAACGGCGCAUCCCCGGCGAGGGGCUCCCAUACCCCAAAAGCCCCGAGCAGCGUGGAGACCUCAUCAUUGAGUUUGAGGUCAAAUUCCCUGACAGGAUCCCCCCUUCCUCCAAAACCAUCCUGGAGCAGAUCCUGCCCGUCUAGCAGCUUUGGGGUGGACUUUUGGGUUUGGUUUUGAGAUUCUCUUCCUUUUUUUCAUGGGGUGGGGGACCAGGAUGAUGCUUUGGGGCACGUGGUGGAGAGAGGCUUGGGGUGGUCUCAUCCAACUGGGUGGUGCUCCCCAAAAAAUGCUCCCAGGGGUCUCCCAUGCAUUGGGCACUGAUUUGUCACCUCCUCACUGCUGCCUGCGGUACAGGGGAGCGCAGUGUCACCUCCUUCCAGCAUCUCCCCAGAGAGGGGACAGCACUGUGCCCUCCUUGUGACCAUUUGUGGGUGACAAAGGUCACACUGUCACCUUCUCUCCACCACUUCCAUCUGCUGAGGACCAAAGUGUGACCCCCACCCCUCUCCCCCUUACUGCCAUCUCUGUGUGCUGGGACCAAAGUGUGACAUCCCUGACCCUGUGUGAGGGUGACAGGGAUGGGGCUGUGACCUCAUUACUUCUGUCUGGGGGUAACAAAAAGCACAGUGUGUGCAUCCUCAGCACCAACUGUACCCAUGGGGACCUCCCAACUGUCCGUGGGGGGGCAGGGACUGCAGUGUCCCCACCAUCUCUGCCUCCUGGGGACUGCAGUGUGACUGCCACAGCUGCCUGUGGGUGACAGUGACCACUCUGACACCUCCUGAGCACCUCUGUGCAUUGGGACCACAGUGAGAGCACCACAACUCACCUACAGAGACCACCGUGUCACCUCCUCAAUGCCAUCUCCAUUUGUUGGGACCACAGGGUGACCUUCACAACUGCUUAUAGGUGACAGAGCCUGCUGUGCCACCUUCUCAAUGCCAUCUCCAUCUUUUGGGACCACAGUCUGAUCUCCAUGAGCAUCUGCAGGUGACAUGGACCACUGUGUCACCUCCUGAUCGCCACCUCUUGUGUGUUGGGGACCACUGUUUGAUCUCCACAACCAUUUUCAGGUGACAGGGACCGCAGUGUCAACUCCUCAACACCAUCUCCAUUUGUUGGGACCACAGUGUGACCCCCACCACCGUCCAUGGGUGAAACAGUCUGUUCUCAUUGACAUCUCUGUGGUUGUGGAGGACCCAGUGCAUCUGCGGGUGUUGGGAACGCUCUCCCCACCCUGAGCUGUCCCCACACCAUCCUGGGGGGCUUCUGUCCCCUUCCCAUGGGAUGGCACCUUAAGGUGGGAAAGGAGUGUCCUUUCUCCUCACCCCGGUGUGCUCCGGGUGUUCCCUUCUUAUCCUUUGGGAUAAAAACAACCAGAAAAAGGUCUGUUCCUGGAACAGGAGCGUGCACACUGUACAGAUAAUAUUUUUUUUGUAUAAAAUGCUGUAUAGUUCUGUGUAAUUAGUAAAAAGUUGCUGAGGCUGGC